AUGCAAAAUCUUCCUCUUCUUCCCGGAUAUAACUUUAAUGAUCCAACGAAAAAUCGAUACCAUCGAUGUCAAACUCUGGGAUAUCGCAAUGGGUUCGCCAUUCCGAAACAGCCCCGUUUCAAAAUUGGCGGCGAAACAUUGCUUGAUUACAAUGUCUUGAAUGAAAGUGAACUAGAUCUUUUGAUGAAUUACAAUCCUGUGCUGACCUAUGGACAGGCCAAAGAAUGCCCUCCUUCUGCUUUUCAGCCUUCGUUUGUUGAACUGGACAAAAAGGUUUUAGGUUUCAAAUGCUGGUUCAAGGAGACGAUAUACGAAUGUCCAACUGAAUCAUACAGAGUACGUUUCUUAAAUUUGUAUUACUAUUUGGAAGAUGACAGCAUUUCUGUGGAGGAAGAAAAAUCUGUCAACAGCGGCUUUCCUCAAGGCACAUUCAUAAGCAGGCGUCAGAUACCGAAGAAUGAUGCUGGCGGGAUUUGGACGUGGAAUGAUUUGAACGUUGGCACCAACGUCAACCUCUUUGGAAAGGUCAUGCAUAUUUACGAUUACAACGCUUCAACAAGGGACUGGUUAGAAAGCCAGGGAAUAGAAGUAAGAUGUCCCGAAUGUCCGCCAAAAGAUCCGUAUACGGAGAUGAGGAGGUGCUUGGAGAUGAGGCCCGCUGAUCCGGACCCUUGCAUAGCCAAGGAGUGCAUCAAGUUGUGCAAGUUUCUCAAAAAUGACCGGAAAGUUUUGAGAUUUUACGGCAUUUGGGACGAUAAUGAUCAGUUCCACAAGCACCUGAGAACCGUUGUCCUGCAGUUCUACCUGAGCGAUGACACAAUGGACGUGAAGGAGAUCCAUCAUCAAAAUGACGGCAGGGACCUCUUCCCAUUCAUCGUCAGCAGGCACAAAAUCCCAAAGGAUCGAUCCGACGUUCAUCCGGAUUUUAACUGGGGCACUCUUGAACUCUCUGAAAUGGAAGUUAAAGAAUAUUUCAGUCCCAAAGAUUUUGGGAUCGGGAAAACAGUGCAAGUGUACAAUAGACCGAUUCUGCUUUACAACUGCGACGACUUCACCAAAGCUUAUUAUUGGAAAAAUUUCGGGAUCACUGACUUCACUCCGGCGGAUAUCAGCGUUCGGUAUCCAACUCUGAGGACCAAAGACAUACCGCCAUGGAACUUGCACGGAACUCUAGAUGAUUCCAUGCAAAAUGUCUACUCCAUCCCAAACGCGCCAAAAAAGGAUUACGGCAAGAUGCUGAACUACCAGGGCGUUGUUCUUCGCUACCUUAUGACUCUGCAUAACCCUACUCCGAUAGAAAGUUGCAGACGUUUCGUCCUAUCGUACAGUCUUUCGGGGGAUUUGGUGAACGUGUACGAAACUGAGCAGCCAAAUUCCGGAUUCAUUGGCGGCACGUUCCUGGCUCGCUCCAGAAUACGUAAACCUUCGUCUAGUGUUGAUGAGCCAGAAUUCUAUGGACCCAACGAUUUCAAGAUAGGCUCCGUCAUAGAGAUAUAUUCGAGGAAGUUCCGGAUCAUUGACGCCGACAAAUACGUUCUCAAGUUCAUGACGGAGUAUCCGGAUCAAUUUGAUCGUAAGUGGUGA